AGGCGACCAAAAUGUAAUAUAUUGAUAUGCGCAUGAUUUAAAUAUUAACUAGGUAUAAGGUUCAAACAUAUGUAUAUAUUCAAGUAGUCUCAAGAUGGUAUUCGAAAUUUAUUUAUUUAUUUAUUAACGGGAUAAACCCAAUUUUAUAAAUGGAUUAUACAUAAUAAUAAUACUACUUUGGAGAAAAUAUGUAGACGACAUUUUCGUAAUUCUAAGGAAUGGACAAAGAACACCUCAAAACCUUUUAAUGGACAUAAACAAAUUCCACCCUAAUAUUGAGUUCACCAUUGAAUUAGAAGAGAACAAACAAAUACAUUUUUUAGAUGUCACAGUUAUGAAGGAUGAUGUUGGAUUUGUUUUAGAUGUUUACUGCAAGCCCACACAAACGGAUAACACGCUGCCUCUAACCAUUCUUGACAUCAAAAAUUGUCAGCUUUCCACUCUUAGACAAACAGACUACUUUCAAUCCCGUUACCCCCGAAAAACUACAAAUAGGAACUAAAUAGCAUAAAACAAAUAGCUGUUAACAACGGAUUUGAACCUAAUAUGGUCGAUUCAUUAAUAAAGAAAAAACGGGCAAAACAAACCACAGAACGUGCAUACCCGAGAAUUCCCGAAGACUGAGAUAAAAAAUACUUUUCAAUCCCCCACUUGGACAAAAAACUGGUUGAAAAAUCGAUAAAAACCCUGAAACAACAUUUUUCCAAUAUAGAAGUAUCAACAACACCCAUUAACACUCUUGGGCAGAUUUUAAUUAAUAACAAAGAAAAAACUUGCACACUGGAAAAAAGGGGAGUAUACAAACUUAAUUGCAAGGAUUGUGACGCCUCUUAUAUCGGAAGAACAUGCAGACCCCUCAGAACGAGAAUACAGGAACAUCUAAGGAACGUGGACAAGUCUGUUUUUGGUCACCACCUGUCAUUCAACAAGCACUCCUUCAGACCCGAAAAGAACUCAAAAAUCCUAUUGCAGACGAAUACAAAAAACUUCACCAGACUGGAUUUCUUGGAGAACAUUUUCAUUGAGAACGAAAUCUCAAACAAUGUGAAUUGUCUCAAUAUACAAACGAAAAUCAAUUUGAACCGUAGUUGUUGGAAUUAAGAAUCCUCCUACUUUGUUUUUCGAAUAUAUGUUGAUCGUCGAGUUGUCAGGAUGUCUAAUGUUUUUUGAGUAGAACUUGUCAUAGUUGUCAAAUACAUUUAUUGAAAUAAAAGUUGUUGAUAUAAUAAGUAGAUUUGGCCCUCAAUUCAAAAAGGUACACCCAUAUCUGAUAGCUAGGGAACUACACACUGAGGAAACAUCACUUCUAACAUAUGGCGACCGUGACAGGACCCUCUAUUACAGGUAUGGAAAAAACCAAGAAAGCCUUAGCUCUACAAAGAACAGCUUUUAUGAGGAUCUAUGAUAAGUUGAAAGAAGAUUUCUCCAAAGAAAAAUGCGAUAUCCUAGAAAUACAGAGUAGCAUCAAAGUCUUGGAUGAAAUAAUGCUUCAAGUAUCUGAACUGAAUCAACUCAUGAUUGAUCUAAUGUUGGAUGCAGGAGAAGAAGCGAAUAUGAAUGCAGAAGUGGAAUUGAUGAAUACGAUGAGUUCUCAAUAUCACAAGAUAAAAUGUAGUUUCGAUAAGUUAAUAUGUCAAGGCAGUGUCUCCAAGAAAUCAGAAUCCAGAAGCAAAUUGAAGAUUCCCAAACUUCAAUUCAGACAGUUUGGUGGUGAAACGAAAGAUUGGCUUGGAUUUUGGAAUCAAUUCAGCAGAAUUGAUGAAGAUUCUGAUAUAGAGGAGGAGGAUAAACUACAAUAUUUAGUUCAAGCUACCACACCAGGCUCUCGAGCUAGACAAAUUGUGGAAAGUUACCCUGCUUCUAAAGGUCACUAUGUUAAAGCAGUGGAUAGUUUGAAACAAAGAUUUGGAAGAGAAGAUUUGUUAAUAGAAGUUUAUGUCCGAGAACUUCUCAAGCUAGUUUUGAUGAAUCUGAAUACCAAAAAUAAACUAUCAACAUUUUUUGACAAAAUUGUAAGUAAGCAGGUUCGAGCCUGGAAUGAGAAGGAAUUUUAGGUCGGAGCGGGAGACAACCACGGAUCGUAGACAUAGGUUACUAAAAAAAGUCUCAAGUGUGAAUACUGACAAUCAAUCAGGUGUAACAAUAAAUUAUCGUUUUGGUACAGUUUUUGCCCCAAAUAAGUACAAUUUCAUCAAAUAUGGCGAUCCAUUGAAUUUUGGAUGUCCUUGUAUUUAUUGAGGUUAUAUUUCAAAUUGGUAGCAGAUGUUCUGUACCAGAGCUAUCAUCCUUUGCACAUAGCAUGUAAGGUACAAAGUACCUAUUUGUGUACCGAACAUGUAAUAUUGCAGUUUCGUUACAAUAUACAUAGCGAAAGGCGGACAUAGAGCUUUCGUUGGACAGAUAACGAAUAGAUCGUGUACGGAACUUUGCUAUGUAACACGGAACGUUGCAAUAUGUAUGAUACGUUGAUGUUAUGCAAUUGUGUUUGUCCAUGCAACAUGGAGGAUCAGUGGACCGGUAGAAUUCCCGAGUUUACUCGAUAACUUGGUUGAAGCGGCAAUGUUGAUUUCUUUUCUACCAGCUACCAGCUUGAUGUUUACUACCAGGGACUGCUGUUAUCUCUCUUUUCUACCACCCUCCCUCUCUCUCGUGGGUAUUCCUCGAUGCGGUGAACGGGAAAAUUACGUGAAGGCCUGUUCAUGUAUUAUUAGGUCUAUGAACUAGGCUAGGAUGCCGGAGGUAGCGGGUUCGAAUCCCGCCGUCGUCAUAGAUGUUUGUGGGUGUCUUGUACCUAGGAUUCAAAUAAUGUUGGCUGAUGUGC